CCAGUCCGUAGAUGGAAACCAUAAUUACAACUGUUACAAUUUAUAAAGUCAUUCUGUAUGUUAGGUCCUCUGUGCUAGGUGCCUAGUAUUCAAGACAUCUCAGUCAAGGUUCAGUUGAAGGAAAUAGAUGCUACUUGUAUUACUCAGCAUUUACUAUAGUAACAAACAUCCAGGACAUCUCAGCAGCUUAUAAUGAUGCAUGUUUUUUCCCAUGGGUCUGUGGAUUGGCUGAGGAUGUGCUGGGCUCAGCUGAACUCCACUCCACAUGUGCUACAUUCUGGGACCCAGGCUGAAGGUAGACACCUAUCUGGGGCACUCUACUCUCAUGAGAGAGGGCAGAAAUGCUAGAAUUCCUGAUCAACCACACAACCACAUCCACCUAUUGACCAAAGCAUAUCCGUGGGCAAGCCAGAAUCAAUGAGAGGCGAAUACAUACUCUUGCCCAGAUUGCACUGGGAAAGUCACAUGAAAAUGAAUGGGGGCAUAUAAUCCUACUACAGGGAGGGGGAAAAAUAUUGGGAACAAUUCAAUCUACCACAUCACUGUAUUUUAAGCACAAAGAGGUUUAUUGUAUAGAAUUGGGUGUUCACAAAUCUGUCAGAGGUGCUGGAGAGAGAGGAUCCAGACAAGGUGUGGUGCUUUUGGAGAAUGGCCCACCAAAAAGAAACUGAAAUGGAUGCUGAGUGCCAAUUAACUCAUAACCACAAGAAAUUAAUUUCUGGAAGAACCCUGUGAGGCUUGGGUGAAUCUCCGGAAGCAACUGAUGACUUUACAGGAAAGACUCAUCUGUCUCCUGUCUCCUUCACAGGUCUGACCAUGCACUGGCUGUGGAAACUCCAGGGGCUUUGUAUCCUGUCUGGGACUUGGAGGUCCAAUCGCGCUGUCCACAUUCAUACCAGGGAAUCGGCAGCCCUGCAGUGGGGCCACCAGAAGGUCCCUGCCAAGUUUAACUUUGCUAGUGAUGUGGUGGGUCACUGGGCUGGCAUGGAGAAGGCUGGCAAGUGGCCCCCCAGCCCAGCCCUGUGGUGAGUGAGUGGCGAUGGGGAUGAAGUGAUGUGGAACUUCAGCCAACGGAGUGAACUCAGCCAGCAGGCAGCCAAUGUCCUCUCGGGGGCCUGUGGCCUGCAGUGUGGGAACCGUGAGGUGGUGGUGCUGCCCCGAGUGCCUGAGUGGUGCCUGGUGACCCUGGGUUGCGUGAGAGCAGGCCUCGUCUUCAUGACCAGGACUAUCCAGAUGAAAGCAGACUUUCUCUAUAGGCAGCAGGUGUCCAAGGCCAGGGUCAUUGUGGCUGGGGAUGAAGUGGCCCAGGCAGUGGACACGGUGGCACCUGACUCCCCUUCUCUGAAAACAAACCCACUGAUGUCUGAGAAAAUCCGAGACGGAUGUCUGGACUUCAAGACACUACUACAAGAAGCAUCUACCACUCAUUGCUGUAUGCAGACUGGAAGCCAAGAAGCAGUUGCCAUCUACUUCAUCAGUGGGACCAGUAGCCUUCCCAAGAUGGCAGAACACUCUCACUCAAGUCUGGGCAUCAAGGCCAAGAUGGAUGCUGAAUGAGAAGACAUAUGGACAGACCUGCAAGCCUCUGACAUCAUAUGGAGCAUCUCAGACACAGCUUGGAUAGUGCAACUUUUGGCCUCAUUUCUGGAGCCCUGGACAUGAGGAGGACACAUAUUUAUCCAUCUCUUGCCAAAGUUUGACCCACUGGUCAUUCUAAAGGCACUGUCCAGCUACCCAGUCAGCAAUGUGGUAGGAGCCCCCAGUGUUCACCGGAUGUUGAUUCAACAGGAUCUUUCCAGGUACAAGCUCCCACAUCUACAGAACUGCUUAAGCAGAGGCGAGACCCUCCUUCCAGACACAUUGGAGAAGUGGAGGGCCCAGACAGGACUGGACAUCCAAGAAUUCUAUGGCCAGACAGAAAUGAUACUUGGACUCACUUGCAGAGUUUCCAAGACAAUGAAAGUCAAACCUGGCUACCUGGGAACCACCACUCCCCCUUACGAUGUGCAGGUUGUAGAUAACAAGGGCAACAUCCUGCCCACUGGUGCAGAAGGAGACUUGGGCAUCAGGGUCAAACUUAUGAGGUCUAUAGGCAUCUUCUCUGGCUACGACAAUCCUGAGAAGACAGUGGCCAACACCCAAGGAGAUUUUUGGCUCCUGGGAGACCGGGGAAUCAAGGAUGAAGAUGGAUAUUUCCAGUUCAUGGGGGGGGGGGGGGGCGGGGGUGCAGAUGAUAUCAUUAACUCCAGCGGAUACCAGAUUGGACCCUCAGAGGUGGAGAAUGCACUGAUGGAGCAACCAACUGUGGUGGAGACAGCAGUAGUCAGUAGCCCAGACCCUAUGCAAGGAGAGGUACUGAAGGCAUUUGUGGUUCUGGCCCCACAGCUUCUGUCCCAUGACCUGUCCCAUGUGAAGUCAGUGACAGCCCCAUACAAGUAUCUGAGGAAGCUUGAAUUUGUCUUGGACCUGCCCAAGACAGUCACAGGGAAAAUCUAAUGACAACGAGUGGAAGAGAUCCAGGUGAGCUGGGGCUCAGUGAGGCCUGCAGGGGCCUUUCCUUUGUAUCCUGCCCUUCUUCCCCUUCCAUUCCCCUUUGGGUCUUCUGUCUUCCUCUGGGGAUAUGAGACUAUUUAUGAUAAGACAUGUAUAUGAUUUUUGUCUUUCCUUGGUUAUGACCUCAAAAUCUUUCCAUGUUAGAUGUUGAAAGGAGAAAAGGAGGGAAUGAGAGAGAGAGAGGAAAGUGAUGCAGGGUCAGCAAGCU